AUGGCCAAAAUAGCAUUUGUCCAUCCGGACCUCGGCAUUGGAGGAGCAGAAAGACUAGUGGUGGACGCAGCAGUUGGCCUCCAGGAAAGAGGCCAUCAUGUCACCAUUUACACCUCCCAUUGUGACAUGUCCCACUGUUUUGACGAGAUUUCAUCGGGUGUUCUCGCGGUAAAGGUAUUUGGGGAUUUUCUUCCCACCACCAUCUUGGGCAAGUUCCACAUUCUCUGUGCCAUUCUCAGGCAGCUCUAUUUGGUGUUGCGGUUGAUACUAAGCGGCGAAAUCCGCGCCUACGACUUUUUCAUAGUGGACCAGCUUUCUUUCUGUGUGCCCUUGUUGAAUGCCUUUAGCACUGCAGCGGCUCGUGUGUUGUUUUACUGCCACUUCCCAGACCAGCUCUUGGCGAAAAAGGGCGGCGCCGUCAAAAAACUUUAUCGUGUGCCCUUUGACGCCGUCGAAGAGUGGUCUACAGGCACAAGCGACCAGAUUGUCGUGAACUCCACCUUCACCAAGUCCAUCUUCCACAGCACCUUCACUCAUCUAUCUGCAGUAGACCCGGGCGUGAUUUACCCCUGUGUUGACGUUUUGCAGCCACAACAGGACAAUGCGCUGGCCGAACAAGAAUGGGCGCAGUUCAUGGGCCACUCUCGCUAUUUCCUCUCCAUCAACCGUUUCGAGCGCUUGAAAAACGUGGCCUUGGCCAUACGUGCGUAUGCCAAGCUUGAAAAGUCGGCCCGGCCCAGAUUGGUCAUUGCGGGCGGCUUCGAUGCUCGCGUGAGAGAAAACGUCGAGUACUUGGCCGAGUUGGAGAAACUCUGCGAUUCUCUAGGUUUGGUUCACUAUACAUUCCGUGGAAAACUCGUGGCGAUGCCAAAGUCAACAGAAGUGGUAUUUUUGCCCUCGGUGAAGAACUCGGUGAAGAACGCUGCGUUGAAGACUGCGCUUUUGCUUCUUUAUACCCCAACUUUCGAGCAUUUCGGAAUUGUGCCAGUGGAAAGUAUGUUACACAAAACGCCUGUUUUGGCAAUCGAUAGGGGAGGUCCGUUAGAGUCGAUCGUUAACUUCACAGGCGAAAACUUGGAUAAUGCAACGGGAUUUAAUAGACCGAAUGACAUUGACGCAUGGGCCGAAGUUUUGUCCGAGUUUUCGCUGUCGAGUAAAGACAAUGUGAGAGCAAAGCUCGGCGAAAAUGGUUGGCACCGUGCCAAUGAGCUCUUUUCCCGUGAUCAAAUGAGCGAACAAUUCGAAGCAAACUUGUUAACUGCAGCAAAAGCACCCAAAAAAAGCUUGCUGGUAUGGCCUUUUGCGGCGGCGACAGUGGUUCUUGUUGGAAUGAUCUUGUCCUUGUGGCAUUGA